AUGGCGACUCUCCAUACGGCACUGGAAUCCCUGAAGCCGACGUCAAUUGACGAAAUACCUACUGAUCAUGCAGAGCUAUCAUUAUACAUCAAGGAUCUCCUCGUCCAAGCCAGAUUGAUCGUGGAAUCUGUGCCCGAACCUCGUUUACUUUCUUCAGAUGCUAAUCCCGCCUUCAUAUCUAGCUCCAAUGGGGCUUUGAAGAAUAGCGCAGAGAGCCUAGAAAACGUAUCAUGCACGAAGAAUCCGCCAGCCCUACGCGCCUCCUCGUCUACACCCGCAGUUGACGCUUCUGAUAUAGCUGCAUGGCAGAAAGAAUGGGGGAAACCAUUCAACAAGGUUGAGAAUGCGAAAGACAAUCCUAUGCGAAUACCCAUUUUUAAGUUGAAGAGCAAAGACGGCAAAGGCACAUGGUUUGCUCGUCGGAGUGUUCAUCAUGGGCCCCUCCCAUAUAGUAUAUUCAGAGAUAAGCUCCGGCUCGAAAUACCGGAAACAAUGAGGAUAAUGGAGGAAACAGGGGAAGCUUCAAAUAUCCGGGGAGUUGGAAGUGAGAGGCGCUUAGAGAGACGAGUAGUGCCAAAGGAUCCUGCUUCUGCAGAGGCUAUUGGGAGCCACGAGGAUGAGCUGGGUGCAAUCGAGGUGCACCAUCUCUCUGCACAUUUCCCGGGCCCCUCGUCGUCGCGCGAUUUUGUUACAUUAUUAAUUUCUUCGGACAGGGCAGUAGAUGUGUCGCAGGAUACGGAUGAAGAAUGCAGCAAUGAGGAACAUGACGCUUCUCGGGCUUUUGUCAUUAUUUCGAAGCCAUGCAAACAUCCUGAUGCUCCUGAACGUGAAGGUUAUGUGAGAGGCCAAUACGAGUCUGUUGAAAUGAUAAGGGAACUACGUACUAUGACGAUGGGGAACCAGCAAGAGGGCGUGGGAGAUAAAGAGAGCCCCAGGCCUGUCGAAUGGACUAUGGUCACCCGAAGUGACCCGGGAGGCAGUAUCCCAAGAUGGAUGGUAGAGAAGGCCACUGUUCCAAGUAUCGUUGCCGACACAAAGAAGUUUAUGGACUGGGCAACUCGGGACCAGAAGGACACUUCGUCUCCACGCUCGUCGAUAGAUAGCGGACAAUAUGAAGGGCACCAUAAGACCGGGCCUGAGUCAGACACACCUGCGGACUACCGGUCGCUGAACAUGGCAAGAUCUACAGAAUUAACCGAUCAUCAAGGAUCUGAUGACGGUUGGAGUACACCAGACAUAAUGUCAACACGGUCAACGGGGUUUACUACUGCAAUGUUCCAAGGUCUUUCCUCGACACUCGUCUCAAUGGCACCAAGAACACUUUUCGACUUCAUCAAUAUAACGGCAGACGCUCAUCAAUCAAGUGACGAGAGUUCGACAACAGAAAAAGAUCUUGGGACCGAAAAUGUUGGACACCGCACAAUUAAUGAUGAUGAUAGCGCUUCUAUGUCCUAUGCCAGCGUCAACUCUCACCCACGAGAUAUUAGCAAGGAGGUGGGUUUUUCGGAAGCCCAGGAAAGCAAAUCUUGUUUGCACGAAACAGUCAUUGAUGGUGAAUCCGAGCCUGUGGUCCCAGGCAGUGCCGAGGGCAGCAUCCGCUCCCAAAAUGAAGAUUUAGUUUCGGCAAACUGUGACAAGGAGUUUUCCAAACUCAAUGGUCGAAAAGCCCAGAUAAUACAGGAGCUUGAGGCGAACCAUGAAGAGCGAAACAAGUUAUUAACACAAAUAUCUCACCCUUCCACGGAUAGGGGUACAGAGAGCAAAGUCGAGACAAACGCGACCUCCCACGAAAAACAACUAAUGACACUAGAGCGCAAAGAGGGAAAAUUAACCUCUCGCCUUCAAAAAUACGACGCGCAGCAGCAAAAGAUAAUCGCAAAAAUCGAGUCCAAACGCCGUAAAGAAUCGGGGAAAGACGCGAAGAGAAAGCUAAAGGCGGAAAUAGAUACGUUGAAAAAACAGCUGUCAAGAGCUAAAUCAGAAACUGACGGGUUGAGGAAGGAGAGGAGCCACUGGCUCAGUAUAGUAGAAAAGCUACAGCAAGAGAAUGCCAGGCUUGAAACAGAGUUGCGGAAAGAAAAGGGUGUCGUAGACGGAGUCAAUUGA